AUGUCCUUCAAAUCCCUCCUCCCCCUUAUCCUCCUACUCCCCGCCACAAUCUCCGCUGCCACCGUCUGCGGCCUAGUCGGCACCAGCAACCCCGAUACCCUGAACCAGUACAUGGGCAACUUCUUCUACAACGGGCCCUCGAACUUUGCCCUCUGUGCGGCCUGGUGCAAGAACGACGCGACCCGGUGUCGCAGCUUUCGCUGGUCGUAUUAUGGGGAUGCGAACUCGCAGUAUUGUGAGUUUUUCGAAGUGGCGCUAGACGGCCUCGUAACUGCCGACGACACCCAACCAUUCUGGUACUACGAUGUCGCCUGCGGCUUCCCCGACUUCAUCGCCCCUGCAACCGUCACCACCACCGCCGGCGACGGCGCCGGCAACCCCGCGCAAACUGUAACCACAACCACCACCACGACUGUUGGAGAUGCUCCCGGCGCCAUCACCAUUACCCAAACCACAACGACUACGGAGGAAGCAGCGCCCGUGACGAGGACGCAGACGCAGCUGGUCACGCAGACACAGACGCAGACGCAGACGGAGACGCAGUUGUCGACGACGACGGUGGCGAGGCGCACGGUUACGGCGCAGAGGCGAAUUACAGGGUAUGUGACGAGGUUGAGCACGAGGACGGUCUUUAGGACGGUUACUAGUAGGUAG